CCCAAGUCAAUCCGUCCUCCCUGGCACAUCUCCUAAGCCUGCUCAUCCCCGCUCAUCUCAUUCCCCAUGAUCCUUCUUUCCGCAGUCCCCCUCAUCUUGUUUGUGUUGGUGCAGGGCGGCCGCCUCGUGCCACAACAUGGCGGCCAUCUCCUGCACGCCGCCAGGCACGUGUACGGCAAGGCAAUCGGAAGCCCUCUCGUCCACUCAAGCCGCCACCAUCUGCGCAUCCACUCGAGCAACGAGACCGGCGUCUCGGCUGCUGUCAAGAUGGAGGAUUGGGUGAGGGAGAGUGCCGCAGUGCAGGCGCGCUUCAUGGAGACGAGUCGGCGCUUCCAUGCGCAUAAGGUGCAGCCCUUCACAGCAAUCAAGGAGCUGGGCAAUGCAGCACUGGAGUCAGUUGACGAGGACUGGGCCAUUGGGCAGGGAUACGCCAACAAAGCCGGAGACGGCAAGGCACUUCUCGCUGAGAGCAGUCUGCUAGAGGAGAAGGACCACUUCAACGUGGGGGAUGAGGAGUAUUGGGUCGCCUUCCAGUCUGCAGACGCCCACUCUGCGGCUCUGCGCAAUUCUUUCACCCUCUUCUACCAUGACAGGGACGUGCAUGAAAUCGCACUCAAGAAAUGGUGAGACGCAUGCACUGACACGGCUAAGUACUCAUCUGUAGAUGGCUUGGCUGCUCGAUGCAGGUGGGAAGUGCAGAGGGAUCAAGGAAAGGGCGAAGUGAAGGCUCACUUCAAGCGGAAUGCCGCCGAGGCGAGAGAGGAGACAGGCAUCUCGAAGGCAGAAUUGGAUGGCCUGCAGAAGAAGCAGUACGACGAUAAGAUGAACCGAUGGUACAAUAAGGCCCUCGGAGCUGUCAGCAACUUCACUAAGAAGGACCACGCCGAUCACGAUGAGAAAAGCCUGGCUUUUGCCGAAGCGCACAUCGAAUCGCUCAUCGGCGUGUUCACCUUCGUCCUUCAAAAAGAGGCCAUCAACGCCUACGAAAAUGCGAAUCCCCGAAGCAUCGGCCCGCCCAAAUUCACCGUGCCUCUGACAGGUGAACAGGCCUAGCUUUUGCACGUGAGAGUGGAGCAAAUGCGAUCAAGAGCUGUGAAUGUGUCAGACAUUGCUCAAAUGAGCCAAGGGCCCAACCAGGCCAUGCUUACAGGUAAGACAUGCACAAAUUGGUCGAUGGCUCAUUAAAGAGUCAGGGAACAUUGUGCUCUUCUGUAGGCUUCGCAGACAUGCUCGUGCUCCUGCAUUUGGCAGCGGUGAGCGGACGGAGACACGAUACAUGGCCUAGAAACAACGAGGGGCUGACCCUUUCUCUGCGUGUCUCGUCACAUCAGAGUCGCUUCAACUGCGAGCCGGUCCACAAGAAUGGGAGCCCCUCGGACAAGGAUGUCACCCUGUGCAUGGACAAGGGAGCCGACCACAACACCCUCUACACCAUCAAGCGGCCAGACAACGCCACAGACACAAAGAGGCCGACCUUCCGACUGACAUUUGUGAUGGUCCGCAAGUUCAACAACGAGCCCCCAUGCCAUAUCACAUCACAGAACCACCUGCCCGCUGACUACACGUGGCCGGAAGACCGCCUGAACAUCGUCAUGUGCGAUAAGCACCUCAAGACAUCCCCGAAGCCCCUUUUAUUUCUCAAGACUCAAGAGGGAAAACCCGUCUACAGACUGGCGACGAAGGAUGGCCUGAUGAUGUAUCCCAAGGUCCACGGUCUUGCAGAGAGCGUCGACCAGCUGCCCCCCGCCGACCAGUCACUGCUGAAACACGAGUGGGCUUUCUGUCCACUCUGCGAUCUGCACAUCCACCAGCAGGGUGCGGCGGCCCAUGGUGGCAAGCCUGCACAUCACAGCCUAAUUCAGAGGGAGAGACGCGCGAUUGUGCCGAGCCUUCAUCACGGUAAAGAGACACAGUGAGACUACACGCCAAUAUCUCAGCAUCUGCCCGUUCAGGUAACUCGUUCGGGCAGCUGUUGAGCAUGACAGACGCACCCAUAAGUACUCGGCAAACAAGAUGGAGACACCACCAAUAUACAUGGUCUAUGUCGUUUUUGAGCAGAGUGCAAGGGGCACAGUGAGUGCGGCCCAUCGCAAAUGUGUCUCGCCAUACCUGACAAAAAAGCCAAGACCUUCGAUGCCAAGACGGCAGACUGGGAGCAUUUCGACUGGUCCGGAUUCCACCAGUGCUCACAUCCCUCAUCGUCGCCAUGCUUCUGCCAACGUGAGCCGACGGCAUCCGGGCUGUUUGACACAUAUGUGGCAGAUGGGAGGAAAGUGACAUCCGUGUGUGUGUGUGUGUGUGUGUCUGUGCUUGAGUGCAGGUGUACAUCAGUGCAGCAAGGUGGCCUUGCCACUCAUGGUUGGGUCGGAGGUUGAUGACGACGGCGACAACUUUUGCGUCAGCGAAGUAAACGAAAUAAACCCGACUACCAAGAUGGCCAAGGUGCUUGAGUGCAAGCAGUGCCAGUAUUCUGGCGGUCGCUACCCUGUUUGCGCAGCCCUGGUGAGCGGCUCAUGCAUCAGCCAGACCACCCAGUGAGUGUCUGUCUUGUGACAUCGGUCCAUCAGGGGGAGCAGUCAUUAGGCACCCACUGGACGAUCGAGGAUGUGCCAGAGUCCGACCCCAAGAAGAGGGAGCUGUUUCAGUGGAGCAGCCGGGUGACAACACAGCGUGCUGUCGCUAAGGACGGCUGGUGGAUGCCUUACCGUCUCCAGACACCGCCACAAGACCCCAACUCCCUAAUGGCCUACCACCACCAUCCUGAUGCAUUCAUCGACUGCAAAAGUCCCAUCCACCACCACCACCACCACCACCACAAGGGACACACACGCACAGCUUAGCAUGGCGAGAACCAGUGAGAGUGAUUGUUUUCGGUGGUGUGGCAUUGCAUUUCGAGUGAUUGACUUUGUGGCUGAGAGACAGACAUUGUUUCCAUAAAAGUUGGACAUCCCUUGUGCGUGCAAUCAUGCGAAG